AUGGGUAUUGCUUCUUCAUCCGUUGCAUUCGAAUAUGCGCCUAUACAGCCCCCUUCGUAUCCCCUGGCCGUCCGGAAUCCCUAUUUAUCGACAUGGUUACCUGGAGACCAGGUCGCAAAGCUACCGUCAUGUCAGCCUCAAUUCUGGUUCGGCAAUAACCUUGGAUGGUCGGUGAUGGCCAAUGUCGAUAAGCAGACAUAUAACUUAUUUGGUGUGACAAAUCCGGCUGCAAGCACGAAGUCUGCUGUCGUUACCAACGCAAGCUUCACAUCAACCCACUCGGUCUUCACAGUGACUGCAGGUCAUAUCGAGUUCACAUUAGACUUCUUCUCCCCAGUGUCGCCGCAGAACUACGUAAGGCAAUCUCUUCCCUUCUCAUAUCUGUCUGUAACUACGACACCAAAGGACGGAAAAGCACAUGAUGUCGACAUAUACUCAGACAUUGAUGAAUUCUGGACUGGCGACAAAGCUAAAUCGUGCUCGAGCUCGGUUAUAAACGGAACACAUUUGUAUGAGUUUGGUGCUGAUGGACCCACGUUUUCGCAAUCGAAGUCUGAGAUCGCACUCUGGGCCAAAGUUGUCUUCGCAGCUCAUCAGGAGACUUACUCUAUUUCUUCGACUUCUGGAUCUGCUAAGGUCUCACGAGCACAGUUCCAAGCCACUGGGAAUGUGACUAGCUCGGGUGCAGGCUCAGAUGAUUGCAAGGUUGGUGGGUCAUAUGGCUUUGCAUACAGACUUGGUCAGGUCCAACAAUCAACCACUGUCAGAUAUGCUGUUGGUGUUGUGCGGGAAGAAGCUGUCAACUAUCUUGAUGCGCCUCAGACCCACUACUACAGAAGUGUGUAUCCGGAUACACCGAGCGCAGUAAGCCAUUUCUUUGACGACUAUGAUGCUGCAUACAACGAAUCACUGGCACUGGACUCUUCGAUAGAGACGACAGCUAGCUCUCUGGUCGGCACGAACUAUUCCGACAUCCUGGCUCUCUCAACCAGACAAGUAAUGGGUGGUAUCGACCUCACCAUACCCGCGGACACGUUGGACACCACCGAGUUACGAGCUUUCAUCAAGGAGAUCUCCUCGGAUGGCAAUAUGAACACCGUGGACAUCAUAUUCCCCACGUUCCCAUUCUUCUACGUCUAUGCACCCGAAUACAUAAAGCUCCUUCUUGAUCCAGUCCUGGAAUAUCUCGCAUCAGGCUGCUACCCAAACCCCUGGGUCGUCCACGACAUUGGUGCGAACUACCCAAAUGCGACUGGCCAUGAUGCAGGGAAAGACGAACGAAUGCCGAUCGAAGAAACCGGAAAUCUGUUUAUUCUCAUCGAUGCUUAUGAAAAGGCAACAGGAGAUAAGACAUGGGCAGCACAAUAUUCAGAUCUUUGGCCUGGAUAUGCAGAAUAUCUCGCCCAUAACGGGCUAUACCCAGAACAUCAACUCAGCACCACAGAUGGCUUGGGCGCUUUUACCAAUAUGACGAGUUUAGCCAUCAAAGCCGCUGUAGGACUUUCUGCUUAUGCUUCCAUCUCCGGACAGAAAGAAUACACGGAGCUAGCUCAACAGUUCGCAACUACGAUUCUUACUCCUGGCGUGGGAAUCGCAAAGAAUGACAAGACCAAGCAGAGUUAUCUGGAUCUGACUUAUGGGGCGAAGAACUGGUAUCUGACCUUCAACCUCUUUCCGCAGGCUCUGUUGAAUCUCACUGCUUUUCCUUCUUCCCUCUUUACCUCUCAAUCCUCCUUUUAUCCUACCAUACGCAGCCCCUCGGGUGUUGCCAUCUCCUCAACAGCGGCAUGGGGCAAGACCGAUUGGGACGUUUGGGUUGCGGCUACUAGCGAAGAGGCUACAAGAAACAUGUUUGUGGAUGAUAUCUGGGCGUAUAUCAGUAACAAGAAGAACACACUGCCCUUCAGUGAUAGAUACUUUGUCAAGGGUACGAAGGAGGGAUUAGGAGAGUUCAGAGCUCGACCCACUGUGGGUGCUCAUUGGGCAAUCUGGGCUUUGGCUUUGGGGCCGAAUUCUGGGUAA